AUGAUGAUAAUGCUGCACUUUCAUUUCUCAUUCGUUAACGCCUGCCGAGAUGAUGAAAGAAAUUACCUUCUCGACUUUAGGAGUGGCCUCAUUGAUUACUCUGGCCGAUUAAACUCGUGGCAGCAAUUCAACUGUUGUCAAUGGCAGGGUGUCAUCUGUGAGUACAAUUCCGGUCAUGUUGUUUCCCUCAACCUCAAAUUCCGCUGUGAUUUCUCAGAGGAAUGCUGGGAGGGGGGAUAUUCACGUCCUCUGCGUGGGACGAUCCAUCCGUCGCUGUUCAACCUGCAGCAUCUCCAAUAUUUGGAUUUGAGCUUGAAUCACUUCAAUCGUACUGCCAUACCUCCUCAGUUGGCAAAACUCCAAAAGCUUACUUUCCUUAGCUUGGCACAUGUUGGAUUCGGAGGGGAGAUCUUUGUAGCACUGAGUAAUAUUACAACCUUGCGCCAUCUGGAUUUGAGCGUGAAUGACUUCGAUGGUACUCCUAAGUUGGCAAAACUACAGAAGCUUACUCUCCUUAGCUUGGCAUAUUCUGGACUUGGAGCUGAGGUUCUUCUGGAAUUGGGUAACUUGACAAACUUGCGCCACCUUGAUUUGAGCGGCAAUGAUUUCAGUGGUACUCCCAUACCACCUCAAUUGGCGAAACUUCAGAGGCUUACUUUUCUUAACAUGGCACGUGCUGAAUUUGGAGGUGAGAUUCCUCUAGAAUUGGGUAACAUUACAACCUUGCGCUACCUGGAUCUCUCAACAGACUCAGAAUAUCACUUGGAGAAUAUGAGGUUUGCAGGAUGGAUCAGAAAUCUGAGAAGCUUGGAAUACCUGGAUAUGUCUUUUGUGAAUCUGUCAGUGGCAUCUCGGGAUUGGGGUAACGCCCUUAGCAGCCUCUCUAAUCUUACGGAGAUUCACUUCGGUUAUUGUGGACUUUCAGGUACAAUACCUUCUCUCCUAAACCUCACUUACUUAUCUAAUCUUGCUCUUAAAAACAAUCCAUUUUAUUCCCCAUUGCCAGCCUGGUUUCAGAAUGUCUCGUCCUUGAUUUCCCUUGAUCUCUCUAGUGGUGGUCUCAAUGGUUCCAUUCCUUCAAAUUUCCUGAGCCGUUCUGGCCUGAGAAAUCUUGACUUGUCAUAUAACCACCAUCUAGGAGGACUGAUUCCUCACUCCAUUGCAAAUUUUUCAAUGCUUGAAAUGUUGGACCUCUCAUACAAUAAUUUAACAGGGUAUUUGCCACCGUUUGGGUCCUUCGUUGGUAGGCUUUCUUCUCUCGCACAUUUAGACCUCAGUAACAACCAAUUGUCUGGAACAAUUCCAGAUACCAUUUCAAAGCUCGUCCGAUUAGAAAGGUUGAUACUCAACUCUAACAAUUUAACUGGCAGCAUUUCUUCUUACGUAUUGGAAACACCACACCUCAAAGAAGUGGACUUUUCUGAAAAUCAUCUUACACUUAAUAUCUCUUUAAGUUGGAUUCCGCAAUUCGCCCAACUGGAGUACCUGGGAUUAAGGUCUUGUAACCUUCAAGGGGAGAUUCCGUCUUUCUUGUCUACUCAUUUCUCAUUAACAGAUUUGGAUCUGUCAGAUAACAACUUUGUGGGAAAUAUCCCCACUUGGUUGUGGGAGCUUCCCAGUCUUCAAGUGCUCAAUCUUUCACAUAACCGUCUGGAAGGUUCUCUGCCUCCUGUUCUUUCGAAGUCUCUAUAUGUUGUAGACUUGCAUAACAAUAGCUUGCAUGGGUAUGUUCCAGAUUGUCCUCUAUGGCAUUUAGACUUGUCAGAGAAUAUGUUCAAUGGUUCUAUUCCACGCUCUCUAUGCUCUGCCGAUAAGGGAAUGAUAUUUUUGGACUUGUCAAAGAACAGGCUAAGUGAUGCCAUUCCAACGAAUCUGGUAAGAUGUUUUGAACUGCUAAUUUUGAAUUUGGCUCAAAAUUAUUUGGAAGGUGAGAUGCCAGAAGAGCUAGGAAAUCUUACUCUACUUCAGACACUAAAUCUUGGUCAAAACAGUUUGCAAGGUGUUAUCCCUCCUUCUAUUGUAAAUUGUACACAACUCCGAGUAUUUGACAUAGGAAAAAAUAGAAUUCAGGGGAGCAUACCAGUUUGGAUUGGAGAGCUGGCAGAGUUACGAAUUCUCAGCUUGGCUUUUAAUAGGUUUCAAGGGACUUUUCCAACGGAGUUGCUCAGGCUCAUGAAUCUUCAGAUUCUAGAUUUAUCUCAUAAUAAUUUAUCAGGACUUAUUCCUGAGAAUUUGAGGAAGUUGAAUGCCAUGGCGAAUCAGACACAGAGUGACAAAAUAGAGAUGAGCUGGAAUAAGACAAACUAUGGAUUUGACGCUGGUCCCAGUUUCCAUAUAAUGUUUGUGAAUCAAUUAACACUCUGGAUUAAAGGACAAGCAACUUUAUCCUAA